GCCCCAGGUCCAGUAUAAACUGACCAUGGAUGCAAAGGGGGAACAAACAGCAGUGUUUCUUUUGUCCUGUUUUUCCUGACGGUGACGGGCGAUGAGAGUGGAAGGCACCAAGUAGUGGCUCAGCAGGGACACUCAGAAUCUGCUUUAAAACUAGUCCAGUGUUCUCCAGGACUAGCUACGAUGAUGGAGAAAGCUGCUGUGCUGCUGCUGCUCUUCUGUUGCCUGGUCAUGUCUUUGUCAGGCUCCCCGCUCUACCCAUCCAUCAGGUUUGGCCAGAGGGACACGUCCAUCCUCAUGACGUCUUCUCUGAAGAAUCCAGCAGAGCAGCAGAAGGAAGAUGGGCUUCAUCCGAGGGAUGGAGAAGAGCUGCGCUCUGAACGUCACGCUGAUGCCAUCUUCACCAACAGUUACAGGAAGGUCUUGGGUCAGAUCUCCGCCAGGAAGUUCCUUCAGACCAUCAUGGGCAAACGGUUUGGAGAAGAAAACGAGAGCUACAUGAAACGACAGUCAGAUAUCUAUCAAGGAACCUUUAAAGAAGAUCUUACAUCCAUCCAGAGCGAUCAGAGGUACAGAGGAGGACAGGGGAGCGUCAUAAGGCCCAGGCUUGUGAGUUGAGGACCAACUGAAGAGUGGAAGCCUAACUGCUUUUGUUCUUUUGCUUGAUCUAAUAUACUCUAUACAAGUAAAGUUAGUUAUAUUGUCUUUUAUUAGUUGUUAUAAAAAUGACAUUAAUAAUUAAUAUUAAAAACUGUGAAGACAA